CAGGGUUCGCCGGCUGCCCUCAUCACCUCCAUCUUCUCCGCCGACACAAAUGAUGGAUUGCCGGCCAGCAGGAGCCGAAUGAUCCCCAUCCACCGAUACGUGGCGCGGAUCCACACAAGAAGAAGGCGGAUGAAUAAAUAAAUGCUGCCUUGCUCGUCAACGCCGGCCAUGGAGGGGGACGGGGACGCGCACGUGCACGCGCAGUGCAGCAGGCUGACAGAGGAGAGAAACGAGGCAGAGAGACAACUGAAACACAUCAAGAGAGUGUCACAGAUGGUCAUCGAGGAAGUAAGCGUCCUGCAGACUCAGCUGGAGAUUGAGAAGUCGUGUCGAGAGAACGCCGAGGCGCUCGCCACUAAGCUGAACUGCCAGAACAGGAAGUUGAAGUACCUGAGCUUGUCGUCGCGACCAUGUUUGGACGAGCUUCUCCCCAGCAUCGCCGACUGCAUCGCCAUGGAAACGGACGCCGAGCCGGCGGAGGAGGGCCCCGACACCUUUGCUCAGUACCAGCAACAGGUCAAAGAGCUGAGGGAGGCGGUGAGCAGCUUGUUGGAGGAGAAGAAGAACUUCCUGUGUCAAAUCAAUGAGCAGCAGAGAAGGAUGGAGGAGUUGACCACUCAGACACAGCGAGAUGAGAAGAGAUUGAAGGAACUUGGUGACGCCGUAGAACAACAACGUCAAACCAUCAAGAGGUUCCACAGAGUGUCCCUGAUGGCCACUGAGGAGUACGAGGGCAUGAAGGAGCAGCUGGACUUGGAGCAGGACCUUCGAGUCCGAGCCGAGACGUACGCACACCAGAUGUUGGUGAAGCAGAAGGAGGCCAGGCGCCAGAGCACGCUCCUCCUGCAGAGCGCCGAGCCCAGCGUGCAGCUGCUGGGCGCCCUGGAGGAGGUGGCCGCCAUCACCAAGACCUUGGAGGAGCAGCGGCUCCAGCAUCAGCAGACGGUGCGGGACCUGCAGGCCCAGCUGGACGGCAGCGGCACGAAGAAGGAGGUGAAGGAUCUGCAGAGACAGGUGGAGCUGCUGGAGGACGAGAAGAAGGACAUGCAGCAGCGACUGGAGCAGGCGGAGAAGGACAAGCUGCACCUGCAGCACAAGCUCCACCAGCUGCAAAAUGUCGCCGUGACGACCGACACGCCACCGACGCCACCUCCUCCCCCUCCUAGCCCGGCACCUGGCGUGGCCCCGCCCCCCGCGCCACUCCCCCAGCCGCCGCCCCCUCCUCCCCCGCCACCUCCCCCUCCUCCACCGCCCCCGUCGAGAUGCAACCCUCUCAGUUCUCUCAUCGCCAUCAUGAGGAAGACGUCCAAAGGUUCCAAAGCAUCUUUGAAGGCGGAGCAGCCGCCAGCGUCGGAGGGCGCCGAGGAGGUGAAGGUGAAGGCCGUCAACGAGAUGAUGGAGCGCAUCAAGCACGGCGUGGUCCUGCGGCCCGUCAAGACUCAGGAAAGCAAGAGAGUUGCAGUCAAACAACCUGCAGCCAGCGAGGACAAAGUUCAGGAGAGCGCCAUGGAGGAGCUGAAAGGCAUCCUGGAGACGGUGAAGAGGAGUCCAAGUCGAGGCUCACAGGAGGCGGCGCCCUCGCCAACGGGGAAGAAGGACAGCGAGCUGGAAGUCAUCCUCAGACGCCGCCGCAACAAAGCAGGAGGGAGCGCUUGUGACGAGCGUGACGACGGUCAAGUGAGUCACGUGUGGUCAUGUGACAGCUUGAGCGGGCGGCGCACCAGCAGCGACUCGGGCAAGGAUCCGGACGGGUCCACCACACCAUCCAACACCCGGCCGGACUCCGAGAGGCGGGGGUCGGGGCCGGGACCCCUGGUGGCCAGGAGGAGGAGCUCCGACAAGGAGACCCGCGUGGUGUCCUGGCAGGAGAGGAGGUCCGCGUGCUCCGGGUCUGACAAAGACUUCAUGGACUCGCCGCUCGGGAACGGCUGUGACCUCAGCGUCGGCGAGGACAACGGCGCCACAAAGACGCCCGUCCGCUCCAACGGCGUCCACAACGACAAGGAGCAGGGAGAUGACGUCACGGUUGGCGACAGCAACAGCGAGGUCGGGCUGUGAGUGUGGGCGUGGUCAAUAUGACAUCACAAACCAUGCACACACACACACACACACACACACAACAAUAAUAACACAUUUUUAAACAGAAAAAGUCACUGACAUGUGACGCCCUGCUGGAUGCUGUACUCAUCUUCCAGAACAAUCAGGGUCUGGUUUUUAAAUGAAAAGCAACACAAUGCUGCCACCUGCUGGCCUUUGGAAAUAAUGCAGCUUUAAAAGAGGCUGUCCCUAAAGUCUGGACAUACAUUUGGUGACCAACUGACCAUUCCAUUCUGGACUCAAAUCCAUUAUCUGGCAUAACAAUUACAAUGAAAAUGUUUUUUGAAACAGGUUACAAGUUAGAAAAGCUGUUUUAGGUUGCAUACAGAUGGCCUACAGAUGUAUUUUAAAAUUGCUUAUUUAAAUUAUUUUUUUUUAAAGUCAUUUUUUAAAAUUUUAUUAUUAUUAUUCAUUUUUUAUUGAUCUGAAAAAACUUAUAGAUAACAAACGCGAUUCGGAUGGAGAUGGAUUUUCCGAGUACUCCUAGUUUACAUUAUGCAAUGUUUAAUGAAUAAAUUCAUAAUUAAUCUGUGUAUAAAUUGAAUAACUAUUUAUAAAAUAAUAACAAAUAUAUCACAUGUGAAAAAAAAAUACAAAAUCCAUAUGAUAAUUGGCUAACACCUUAGUAUGUGGAACAUAUUCACCAUUAAUUAGUUUGUUAUUAAAAAUGUAUUUUAAAAAUUGCUUUUUGGAAAAAAAAAGAGAAAAAAAUAUUCUUUUUUUUUUUUAAUGUUUAUUUUUUUAUUGAUUUAAAAAAAUUAUAAAUAACAAACGCAAUUCGUAAGUGGGUGGAUUUUCUAGCAUUUCUAAUAUACAUGAUACGAUGUUUAAUUAAUAAAUUCAUAAUUAAUCCGUGUAUAAAUUGAAUAACUAUUUAUAAAAUAAUAACAAAUAUAUCACUUGUGAAAAAAAAACAAAAUCCAUAUGAUAAUUGGCUAACACCUUAGUAUGGGGAACAUAUUCUCCAUUAAUUAGUUUCUUAUUUAAAAUGUAUUUUAAAAAUUACUUAUUUAGAAAAAAAAAUCCUCUUUUUUUUAAAUUGAUUUAAAAAAAUGUAUAAAUAACAAACACGAUUCGAAUGUGGAUGGAUUUUCUGAGCUCUCCUAAUAUACAUCAUACAAUGUUUAAUUAAUGAAUUCAUAAUUAAUCCGUGAAUAAAUUGAAUAACUAUUUAUAACAUAACAACAAACACAACGCAUGUGAAAAAAAAAAAAAAAUCCAUAUGAUAAUUGGCUAACACCUUAGUAUGGGGAACAUAUUCACCAUUAAUUAGUUUCUUAUUUAAAAUGUAUUUAAAAAAUUGCUUAUUUCGAAAAAAAAAUCCUCUUUUUAAAUUUUUUUUUUUUUUUAUUGAUUUAAAAAAAAUUAUAAAUACCAAACACGAUUCGAAUGUGGAUGGAUUUUCAGAGCACUCCUAAUAUACAUUAUACAAUGUUUAAUUAAUUAAUUCAUAAUUAAUCCGUGAAUAAAUUGAAUAACUAUUUAUAAAAUAAUAAAUACAUCACAUGUGAAAAAAAUACAAAAUCCAUAUGAUAAUUGGCUAACACCUUACUUAGUAUGUGGAUCAUAUUCACCAUUAAUUAGUUUCUUAUUAAAGUAACAAAGACUUAAUUUAGAGUUAUUUGGACACGAGGGGAACAUUCAAGGGUUCCUAAUAAGUAAUAAUUCUGAGGGUAUUGAGGGAAGACUCUUAUUGCUUAUGUAAUAGAAUAAGGCAUCAAUAAGUACUUAAUAAUAACUAAUUAAGAGCCAGUAUGUUACUAAUUUGCAUGUUAAUAAGCAACUCAGUGGUCUAGUGGUUAGAGUGUCCGCCCUGAGGGCGGUAGGUUGUGAGUUCAAACCCCAAAGACUAUAAAAAUGGGAGCCAUUACCUCCCUGCUUGGCACUCAGCAUCAAGGCUUGGAAUUGGGGGUUAAAUCCCCAAAAAUGAUUCCCAAGCGCGGCCACCGCUGCUCCUCACUGCUCCCCUCACCUCCUCGUGGGUGAUCAAGUGUCACGACUUGGACCUGGGCGUUGUUUGUUUUUCCGAGGCAAAGGAAAGUUGGCGCGAGCAAGGCGUGAAUGUAAGUACAUAUUUAUUUCUUACACUAACAAACUGCAAACAAAAGGCGCGGUACAAAAACUUGGCUGUGUAAACAAAAUUCGCACCAAGGCAAAACUAUUAAACAUCAAACAAAAACUUGCACCGUGGCAUGAAUAACGAGAAAACUUACUUUGGAACAGAACGAGAACGGGACCUGGAUCAUUGGCAUGGAUUACAAGGUACAUAACAAGUGAUGGAAGGUUGCCAAGAUGAAGAACAGAAACAGACAGCUUAAAUAGCAGUGACAUAAUCAGUGAAAACAGGUGCCGGACAUGACAGGUGAAAACUUAUGAGUUGUUAUGGUAACAAAAAAAACAGGAAGUGCAAAAACAGGAACUGAGUAUCCAUAAAACCAAAUAUAAUCCCACAGACAUGACAUCAAGAGUGAUGGAUCAAAUGCAGGGAAUAAUUUUGCCACACCUAAUGUGUGUGUGACAUUCAUUAGCACUUUAACCUAACCAAUUAAUGGUGAAUAUGCGGUCCCCAAUACUAAAGUGUUACCCAUCCAUCCAUCUAUUUUCUACCGCUUAUUCCCUUUCGGGGUCGCGGGGGGCGCUGGCGCCUAUCUCAGCUACAAUCGGGCGGAAGGCGGGGUACACCCUGGACAAGUCGCCACCUCAUCGCAGGGCCAACACAGAUAGACAGACAACAUUCACACUCACAUUCACACACUAGGGCCAAUUUAGUGUUGUCAAUCAACCUAUCCCCAGGUGCAUGUCUUUGGAAGUG